AUGGUGAACGCGGGGGACUGCAAUGUGAAUGAUUUACCUUCACAAAAAAUAUAUAACAAGUUCAAGAAUGGCGGAAAUGAUUGUGCGAGCAUUACUUCUUGGGAAGACAAUAUAGUGCGUAUUUUGGCCAGUACACCAGGAAACCGUUUCGUUGGUCAAACACAGUAUAUGACGGACAUUGCGCAGGCUUCAUGCUUUCUAUCUAAGACGAAAACAGAAAAUCCGCCAUGUAGCAGAAUUUGUGAUUUCUUCUAUUUCUGGUUAGGGAGUAAAUUAUGUGAAAAAGUGAGCAGGAUUAAUACAGUUUACAGUAUCAUGCAACAAAUCUAUGAGAAACUGGGAGGAUCCAGCCAUCAAUGUAAGUAUAAAUCUAUGAACGAUCGUGUUGAUUGUACUGCUUUCAAACGAAGAAAAAAAGUAUUCGACUAUUACCACGACUAUAGAAUGAUAUGGAAAGAAUUGAAGGCUUGCACGUCUGAAGAUUCCUCCUGUAAAGGGAAAUAUGACACCUACCUAACUGGAAAUGGUGUUAAGGAAAUUGGUGGAGAUCGUGGAGCUGAUGGUGCUUAUGGAGCAAUAGCAGCAGGUGGGACACAUAGUCUAGAUGAUUACUUUAAAAAAUUCUGGGACAAGUUCGAAGGUAAUGGUGAUGGUGGUAGUGGUACUAUCCCACCACCAUCAAAACUGAAAGAAAAGGCACUGUCUGAAGAAAGAGGGCAGGACCCUCCACCAGCAUCGGACGAGGAGGGAGGAGCAAAUCUGGUUAAUUGCUUAACACAGUUGUCUUCAGUAGUUGUUGCAUCAUCAUUACCACAGCAGGAAGAAGAACCUGCAGGAGGAAGUCCCUCUACAGCUGUGGAAAAUCCAUCAACCGUCACCCCAGCCGUGGUCUCCUCCACAGCUGCGCUCUUAGGUUUACCAAUGGCUGCUCUCCUUCUUUACAAAUAUAAUCUUCUACCAUCUUGGUUUGGUAACCCAUCUAGGAGCAAUGGAAACAAAAAUAGAAAGAAAAGAUCAGUUGAACGGCAUUUUAACAGUUCUUCGAACGACGACAACUCUACAGUGACUUCUACAGAUAUUUCGACAGUAUAUUCAACAGCACCUUCCACCAUAUCAGAUUCUAUGACAGAAGAUGUUUCUACCAUAUAUAAUGGUCGUAGGUCACCAUCUAGGGUAGGAGGAACAGGAAGAACAAACAACAAACAACAACCACAACAACAGAGACAUCAAAGGCAGGAAAGGAACAACAGGACCGAAGAAAGGAGAAAUAUAAAGUAUCAUCAAAUGUAG